GAUUGUAUUAAAGAGAACACAGCUGCCGAAGUGCUUGUUGUGCUGCCCAGGAGCGUACGAGGGAAAGGCAGUGAUAAGCUGAGCUGCUGUAGCAAAUGACAGGAGUGCAGAGAAGUGCAAACGUAGUGAAAGGAGGCUGUGUUUCUCAGAACCAGGAUCUCUCUUGGACAUUUCAAAGGACUACACACAAGACCUGCUUUCUUCUCAAGGGACCUAAGAUACUGUGUUUUGACUUUUAAGUCAGCCCUAGAAUACGGAUGUGGACUUCAGGUAGAAUGAGCAAUGCAAAGAACUUGUUUGGACUUGGAGUCUCCUUGUAUUUUUGGGGACUGAUGGAUCUAACUACAACUGUGCUGUCAGGAAGUGCCAGGCCCCUCACUGAAGGGCCAGAAGACAACCUGUCAGAUAAGCUGCAUCAGCGAAUGAAGAGGAGUUGGGUGUGGAACCAGUUCUUCGUUCUGGAGGAAUACACAGGAACGGAUCCUCUCUAUGUUGGGAAGCUCCACUCCGACAUGGACAGAGGAGAUGGUUCCAUCAAAUACAUCCUCUCAGGAGAGGGAGCUGGCAUCGUGUUUACAAUUGAUGAUACCACAGGGGACAUUCAUGCCAUUCAGAGACUGGACAGAGAAGAAAGGUCACAGUACACCCUGAGAGCACAGGCUCUGGACAGACGAACAGGCCGGCCGAUGGAACCAGAGUCUGAGUUCAUCAUCAAAAUCCAAGACAUCAAUGACAAUGAGCCCAAGUUCCUGGACGGACCUUAUGUGGCCUCUGUUCCAGAAAUGUCACCUGUGGGCACCUCUGUUAUUCAGGUGACUGCAACAGAUGCUGAUGACCCAACCUAUGGGAACAGCGCAAGAGUUGUGUACAGCAUUCUCCAAGGACAGCCAUAUUUCUCUGUGGACUCUCGGACAGGCUUAAUUAGGACAGCUCUGAUGAACAUGGACAGAGAAGCAAAAGAGUAUUACGAAGUGAUUGUCCAGGCCAAGGAUAUGGGCGGACAGCUGGGAGGAUUAGCUGGAACAACCACAGUCAACAUCACGCUCUCUGAUGUCAAUGACAACCCACCCAGAUUUCCACAGAAGCACUACCAGAUGAGUGUGCUGGAGUCUGCUCCUGUCAGCUCCACCGUGGGCCGCGUGGUUGCUAAAGACCUGGACGAAGGCAUUAACGCAGAGAUGAAGUACAGCCUCGUGGAUGGAGAUGGACUGGAUGUCUUUGAUAUUAAUACCGAUCCCAAUUACCAAGUUGGCAUCAUAACUGUGAGAAAGCCUUUAAGCUUUGAGAGCAAGAAAAGCUACACCUUGAAAGUAGAAGGUGCCAACCCUCACCUGGAGAUGCGCUUCCUGAACCUGGGUCCUUUCCGAGACACCACCACUGUUCACAUCAGCGUGGAGGAUGUGGAUGAGCCUCCUGUUUUCGAGCCCAGUUUUUACUUUGUGGAGGUGCCUGAGGAUGUGGAGAUUGGGGCCACCAUACAGAUCAUUUCUGCCAAGGACCCGGAUGUGACCAACAAUUCAAUCAGGUACUCGAUUGACAGGAGCAGUGAUCCGGGGAGAUUCUUCUAUGUUGACAUCACUUCAGGAGCACUGAUGACUGCAAGACCUCUGGACCGGGAGGACGUUUCCUGGCACAACAUCACAGUGCUGGCCAUGGAGCUGAACAACCCUUCCCAGGUGGGCAGUGUCUCCGUCACAGUGAAAGUCCUGGAUGUGAACGACAAUGCGCCAGAGUUUGCGAGGUUCUACGAAGCUUUUGUUUGUGAAAAUGCCAAAGCAGGACAGCUGAUCCAGACAGUGAGCGCCAUUGACCGGGAUGACCCACAGGAGGGUCAGCACUUCUACUACAGCCUGGCUCCAGAGGCAGCCAACAACCCCAACUUUACUCUGAGGGACAAUCAAGACAACACGGCAUGGAUUUUGACGAGGCGCUCUGGCUUCAGACAGCACGAGCAGAACAUCUUUUACCUCCCCAUCCUGAUCAGCGACAACGGCCGCCCUGUGCUGAGCAGCACAGGCACGCUGACUGUGCACGUGUGCAGCUGUGAUGAAGGCGGCAUGGUGAUGUCCUGCAAUGCUGAGGCCUACGUCCUCCCCGUCAGCCUGAGCAGAGGAGCACUCAUUGCAAUCCUCGCCUGCAUAUUUGUCCUACUAGUACUGGUGCUCCUCAUCCUCUCCAUGCGGCGCCAGCGGAAGCAGCCAUACAUCAUAGACGAGGAGGAGAACAUCCAUGAGAACAUCGUCAGGUACGAUGAUGAAGGCGGCGGGGAGGAAGACACUGAGGCCUUUGAUAUCGCCGCCAUGUGGAACCCACGGGAGGCCCAGCUUGUGGUGAAAAACAGGCAGGACAUGCUGCCUGAAAUAGAGAGCCUCUCCAGAUACGUGCCUCAGGCAUGCAUCAUGGACAACAAUGUCCACAAUUAUGUGCUUGCCAAGCUGUAUGAGGCUGACAUGGACCUCUGGGCUCCUCCCUUUGACUCCCUCCAGACAUAUAUGUUUGAAGGGAACGGCUCGGUGGCAGAGUCACUCAGCUCCCUACAGUCGGUGACGACAGACUCAGACCAGAGCUACGAUUACCUGACGGACUGGGGGCCGCGCUUCAAAAAGCUGGCUGAGAUGUAUGGUGCCACGGACAGCAGCGGGGCCCUGUGGUAAUGGACAAGGAAUUGCAGAGGGGUUUCCGUGUGAAAUGGCGUCCGAUUAGAUCCAUUCUCAUCAGAUGCUUCCAUGGACAUGGGUGAGGCCUCCUAAAAUAGCAAUACCGUGCUCAAAUGAGAAUGGGAAGAAGAGUGUGAAUGAAAGACUCUAUGGAUCAGCUUUACUUGGUUAAAUUAAGUCAUAUUUUGAAACAAUGAGAAGCAGAAGGAAGAAAGUUUUUCUGUUUUUCUACAGAAAAAUUGGAAAGCUCCACCCCUGGAAUAUAAUGACAUUACUCUCUCCCUCCCUCUUUCUCUCUCUUAUACAUGGCAGCUUACUGAGCUCUGUAUGUCUGGGUUCAAAGACCAGUAAACACCAAUUGUAAUCUCCAACUCACAGAAGACUGGUUCCUCAUGGUUAUUUUCCCCCAUUACAAUGGGAGAAAAAAUAAAUAAAAAAGACAUGCUUGCUAACAAGAGAAAAAAAACACAAAGCAGAAAAUUGAAACCGGAAUCUCAGAGGGCACUUUGUAAAUUAAACCUCCUUUCUCUGUUGCUAACAGAGUCCUUUCCUAAAUCUUUAGAAGCAAUGCUGAGAUUUUUUUUCACCUGGCUGAGAGAGCUGGGGAAGAGGCUUUGACUUUCUGCUCUAGUUUAAUGGCUGAUCUAUGAGUCAUUGACAUUAAUACUAAUCCAUCUCCUAUUGAGUUUGUGUAAAUUUAUUCUCCUCCCGGCUCUUUAAAACCAUGACACUGCUAAACUGCUCAGAACAAAAACAGAAGAUCUGCCUCUUUUGCACUGUAGAUGUCUCUUCCAUGUGCCAAAUGUGAAGAUUAGAUUCUACCAAUGAAAGCCAAAUAAAUUUAAAAA